AUGUUCUUCCUCAAAGAGCUUGAGAAGACGAUCCAGCUGCAUCCCUCAUACUUUGGCCCGCUCAUCCGUCAGCACAUCCACCGCGAGCUGCUACAAAAAGAGGAGGGAUCGAGCACGGGAAAGUACACCAUCGUGUGCAUUCUGGACUCGUUCGACAUCUCCGAUGGCAAGGUGAUGCCUGGCUCUGGCUCUGCGGAGUACGUUGUCCACUACAAGGCGGUCGUAUGGCGGCCAUAUAAGGGCGAGGUGAUGGACGGCAUUGUCACCUCCGUGCUCCGCACCGGAUUCUUCGUCGACUGUGGAUCUUUGCAGGCCUUUGUGGGACGCAGUAUGAUACCCGCUGAAAUCAAGUUCGACGCGAACGCUACACCCCCGCAGUGGACCGACGACGGAGAGCAGGUCAUCGAGAAGGGCACCAACAUCCGCAUAAAGAUCAAGGGUCUGAGAUCAGAGGUGGACAAGAUGUAUGCGGUCGGCACCAUGAAGGAGCGCGCCGCGAAGGAGGAGGAGACGGAGCUGCUAGCCAAGGAAGAGAGAUCCGCGCGCACUUCAGAAGACGGCUCCGAAACAUCCAUAUCCUCAAUUUCCACAACGUCGCUCGUCCUCGAACACAUCAACGACCCGUCCCUCAAUCGUGCGUCGCAAGCGAAGCGUGGGGAGAAGUACACGGACGACGAUGACGACGCAAGCCUGGCGCGCGAGCCGUUCGACGUCGAGGAUGGGCGGUACAAGGCCCCCAUUGCUGUAGACAAAAAGACAAGGAGGUGGCUAUGGAUCGUGGGCACGGCCUGUGUAGCUGGAUGGGCGCUUGCGCUCGUCUUCUUCUUGAUGAACGGCAGCUACAAGCAUGCUUCGUCCAGGCCACACGACCCUCUUGCCAGUUCGACCAAGGGCUCGGGGAGGAAGAUUACGUUGGAUGACGUCUUCGGAGGCCGCUUCUACGCCCAACAGCAAAGCGUCGCAUGGAUACCGGGACCAAAGGGCGAGGAUGGCCUGUUGCUUGAGAAGGGCUCGAGCAACGAGGAAUACCUGGUCGUUGAGGACAUAAGGUCCAAGGGCGAGGCAACGUCUUCUGCGAGCAAGACCACGCUGAUGAAGAAGAACACAUUUGAGGUGGAUGGCACAUACGUCUAUCCCAGUGAUGUUCAGCCAAGUAAAGAUUUCAAGAAGGUGCUUGUCACGUCGGAUUACCAAAAGAACUGGCGACAUUCCGGUACUGCGAAGUACUGGAUUUUUGAUGUUGAGACACAGACUGGCGAAGCUUUGGAUCCGGACCAGCCAAACGGCGCAAUCCAGCUAGCCUCGAUAUCUCCGCAGUCGGAUGCGGUCGUGUUCACGAGAGACAACAACAUGUUCCUGCGCAAGCUGAACUCCAAGGAGGUUAUACAGAUGACAAAAGAUGGUGGCUCUGAGCUCUUCUAUGGUGUACCUGACUGGGUGUACGAGGAGGAGGUCUUCCAAGGAAAUAGUGCGACAUGGUGGUCUGAGGAUGGCAAGUACAUCGCUUUCCUGCGUACCGACGAGUCCACCGUCCCGACAUAUCCGGUCCAGUAUUUCGUGUCACGGCCUAGCGGAGAGAAGCCCAAGGCUGGCGAAGAGAACUACCCCGAAGUUCGCGACAUCAAGUACCCCAAGGCAGGCGCCCCCAACCCCAUCGUCUCACUGCAGUUCUACGACGUCGAAAAGGGCGAAGUCUUCAGUGUCGAGAUAGAAGACGACUUCAGUGACGAGAACCGUCUGAUCACCGAGAUCGUCUGGGCCGGAAAGACGAAGCAAGUACUUGUUCGCGAAACCAAUCGCGAGAGCGACAUCCUGAAGCUUGUCCUCAUGGACGUCGAAAAGCGCACCGGCAAGACGGUUAGAACUGAGAACGUCGCUGAGCUGGACGGAGGCUGGAUGGAGGUCUCACAGAAGACUACGUUCGUACCGGCUGAUCCUGACAACGGCCGCAAGGAUGAUGGAUACAUUGAUACAAUCAUUCACGAAGGCUACGACCAUAUCGGCUACUUUUCACCAUUGGACAGUGACAAGCCUGUGUUGCUCACUCAGGGCGAGUGGGAAGUCGUUGAUGCGCCUUCUCGCGUGGACCUGAAGAACAACCUGGUGUACUACGUUUCAACUGAGAAGAGCUCCAUGGAACGACACGUCUACUCUGUACUCUUGAACGGUACUGGAAAGAGCGAAAUGCUGGAGAAUGGAGGCUCAGGCUACUACGACGCCUCCUUCUCAGCUGGUGGCUCUUACGCCUUGAUCACCUACAACGGUCCCGGAAUCCCAUGGCAGAAGAUCAUCAGCACGCCAUCGAACGAUGACAAGUACGAGAAGGUCAUUGAGGAAAACAAAGCGCUUGACCGCUUCGUACGCCGGCUUGAGAUGCCCAUUCUGAACUAUCAGACGAUCAACGUUGAUGGCUUCGAGCUGAACGUCCUCGAGCGUCGUCCGCCGCACUUUAACCCGAAGAAGAAGUAUCCUGUUCUUUUCUACCAGUACAGCGGACCAGGCUCGCAGGAAGUCAACAAAAAGUUCAAGGUUGAUUUCCAGUCAUACAUUGCCGCCAGUCUCGGAUACAUUGUGGUGACAGUGGACGGGCGAGGUACGGGUUUCCUUGGUCGGAAGCUUCGAUGCAUCACGAGAGGCAACAUUGGAUACUACGAGGCGCACGAUCAGAUCGCCGCAGCCAAAAUCUGGGCCAGCAAGAAGUACGUGGACGCUGAUCGACUCGCGAUCUGGGGCUGGAGUUACGGCGGUUUCAACACACUGAAGACGCUCGAGCAGGAUGGAGGAGAGACGUUCAAGUAUGGGAUGGCUGUCGCUCCUGUGACUGAUUGGCGGUACUAUGAUUCCAUCUACACGGAGCGCUACAUGCACACGCCGCAGAACAACGCCGAAGGCUACGACAACUCCACCAUCACCGAUGUCACUUCCCUAGCGAAGAACGUCCGUUUCUUGGUCAUGCACGGUGUCGCCGAUGACAACGUGCACAUGCAAAACACGCUUACCCUGCUUGACCGGCUGGAUCUUGCAGGCAUCGAGAACUACGAUGUUCAUGUGUUCCCCGAUUCGGAUCAUAGUAUUUACUUCCACAACGCGAAUAGGAUUGUCUACGACAAGCUUAAGUGGUGGCUCGUCAAUGCUUUCAACGGCGAAUGGUCGAGGAUCACGAAUGCGGUGCCCAAAUCGCAACUUGAUGCGAAGUCGAUUGAGUCAAAGGCUCAAAUGAGUUUCGAGCCUAGUAACCUAGCCGUCUGCGAAACGUGCGGCACGCAAUUCGACUUUCCGCUUGAGCAGCACCCGGAGACAUGUCGGAUCUGCGAUGACCCCCGCCAGUACGUCCCCGCAUCAGGACAAUCCUGGACCUCACUCUCAGCCUGCCAAGCCCUCCAAAAGAACACCUUCGAAACGGAUAAAGAAGACCCUCGCAUCCACUACAUAACUACUGCGCCUCUAUCUCCAUCAGAACUUCCCCCCGGUCUGGCGGAUUCUAGCACGACCCGCAAGCAACUUGGUAUUGGUCAGAGAGCCAUCUUAUUACAGACAUUGCGGGGAAACAUCCUAUGGGACUGCGUCGCUUUCUUGAACCCUGCUACCAUCAACUUCAUUAAAGAAAAGGGUGGGCUAAAGGCGAUUGUGAUUAGCCAUCCGCAUUUCUAUACGACGCAUUUGGAGUGGGCGAGUGUAUUCAGGUGCCCGGUGUACAUGUGCAUAGCCGAUAAGAUGUGGUUGAACCGAGAGGAUCAGAAUGAUGUGAGGAGGUUUGUCGGGGGCGUCGUUCCGAUUGAAGAAAUUGGGGGCGAGGCCAAGAUGAUUCAAUGCGGUGGGCACUUCGAGGGCAGCUCGGUGUUGUGGUGGGAUCGGAAGCUUUUCAUCGCUGAUACGUUUAUGAGUGUACCUUCUGGGUUCAACAACGCGCACCGCGUGCCGGAUACGACAUCCUACUCGUUCAUGUGGGCGUACCCUAAUAUGAUACCACUAACGCCCAAGGCUAUCCAUGGGAUUUGGAAGUCGAUCAAGCCGUUCGAGUUCGACAGGACGUAUGGAGGGUUCCCGGGACAGAACCUGAAGAGAUCGGAUCUGAAGAAGCAGGUAUUGGAGAGCAUGAAGAUUUUCCUGCGGAGAAGUGGACAUGAGAACGCAGAUGUGUAUGACGAGAGUGUGUGA